GAUGGAGCAAACCAUCUUGAGUGCCAUAAUGUGGCACGUGCAGAACAACGAGGGAUCAGGCCCAGCCAACAUGGGUUUGUGAAAGACAAGUCCUGCUUGACCAACCUGGCUUCUGUGACAAGAUGACCUGCUUGGUGGGUGAGUGAAAGGCUGUGGAUGUUGUCUACCUGGGGCUUAGUAAAGCCAUUGACAUAAUUUCCCACAGCUUUCUCAAGGAAAAGCUUUCAGCCCAUGACUUGGACAGGUGUGCUGUUUGCUAGGAAAAAAAAAAAAAGCCUGGAUGUCCAGGCCCCGAAUGGCACCCUAACUCCUCCUGACUUUGGCUAAACGUUCUUACUGUGGUACCAGUAUUGGCUGUUCCCAGAAGGACCUGGAGCAUGUAAAGGCCAGGCAUUAUUUUUGAGAAAGCAGCAAAUACCUUUUCAUUUGAAUCACAGCAAAUUCUUAGUCUUUGUUCCUUACAUGUGCCCUACUAGAGUGCCUUUGCUUCACAGCACGUUGCCUCAUGAUUUUUUUAGUGUAGUCCUACUACAUUUCCUUGUGAAGCUGCUUAUGAGUUCUUGCAAAUAAUCUCACUGCUUAUUUAGGACUAUUAGUCCCAGGCUAGCAGCAGAAAUUCUAGCAUUCAGUAGGUACUCUGUUGUGAAAACAUGAAUGUAAAGGUGGUGAAACAAAGGUGGUGUUUUCCAUGCAGAUUGUGGAGAAGCAUAAACAGUGUUUGAACACCUGAGAGCCAGUUGUGCCUCUGCUAAGCUGCGACUGAAAAUUUCAUAGAGUCACAGAAUAUCCUGAGUUGGAAGGGACCCACAAGGAUCAUUGAUUCCAGUUCCUGGCCCUGCACAGAACACUCCAAUCCUACCCUGUGCCUGAGAGCAUUGUUCAAAUGCUUGUUAAGCUCUGGCAGCCUUGAGGCCAUGACCACUGUUCUGGGGAGCCUGUUCACUGCCCAACCACCCUCUGGGGGAAGAACCUUUUCCUAAUAUCCAGCCUAACCCUCCCCUGAUACAUAUUCAGGCCAUUCCCUCAGGUCCUGUCCCUGGUCACAGAGAGCAAAGAUCAGUGCCUGCUACUCUGCCCCCUCUCGUGAGGAAGCUGCAGACUGCUAUGAAGUUUCCCCUCACAGUCUCCUCCAGGCUGAACAAGCCAGGUGACCUCAGCCAUUCCUCUUACAGCUUUCCAGUUACUCCCUCCAGCUGGCUGAGCAGGCUCUCCAAGUCUGCCUGAAGUUGUUUUAAACCUUCACCCAAAGUCCCCAGGAAGCAGGCAGAGCAGAAUAUGUGCCAUGGGGACAGUGAUAGGGCUCCCCAGGUGGAUGGUCAGCACAGAGCCACGACGUGAGCAAAGCACCAGAGGUCCUGCUUCUGUCCCUGCACAGCAGGCUAUCCAAUCUCCUGUGAACACAGGUCACUAGCCAAGCACUCCAGCUCCCCUCCCAGAGUGAGCAGGGAGCUGGCUGGCAUAUCUAAGCAUUUCCAGGCAAGCCCUUUGUUCCUGACAGUGUGGUACAGGUGGCAUUAAUGGUCAGGGCAGGCCUUGGACCACCCUGCUGGCUGGUGGGGGAAUGCCAUGGAAUGCUGGCCCAUGAAAACAUAAAAGAGCAGCAUCGUGUGAGAGAGAAGGCACUGCUGCCUGCUUUACAGACUGGCUCCACUCCCAGCCACAGCUGAGAAGUUCAGCCAAGCAGGAAACUGGGCAUGGACAAACCCAUCUGCUGGCAUCCAGAGAAAGAAUUCCUUGGCAUACACAUCAGUUUUGUGAGAAGUCAGAAGAACCACACGCUGAUUUUCACUAAGGAAAACACAAUUCACAACUGCAGCUGUUCUGUGGCUAUCUGUGACUCAGAUCACUGCCUGGCAAACUUGAUGUGCAACUGCAAAACAGUGCUGCCCUCUACCAUGAAAAAUACCUACAACAGCCACCUGACCAUCUGGUUCACAGACACCUCUGUGCUGGAUAUGGUCCUCAACUUCACAAGUGAGGUGUGGGAUUUGAAGCUGUCCUUCUGUGGCACCACUCCUCUCCCAAUGGAAUAUUUGGCCAUUUGGGGACUUCGAAAGCUCCAGGUAAGCAAGGUCAAGGGACAAUUUCCAGAGCAGGGUGUAACUAUCUCCAGCAGCAGCAACAAUGACAAAGACUUUCUUGAGGUACACAACAAAGACAGGCAAAUGCUUGCACAUAUUUCUUGUCUGGAUACCUAAUUUUUCAAAGGAAUUUCAUUGCUGAAGUCAUACAGCGUGGAAAAUGUCUCUACUAUCAUUAAGCAUUUUCCCAGCCUGCUGUACUCUGAUGUUUUCUCAACUUCAGACAAUGAGAACUAUGUUGCAACAUUCAUUUACUGAGUUAUUUAACACCGUCAGUAGUGAGAGGCAUGGGAGGCUGCUAAGAGUGAUAGGAUGCCUUUAAGUUUGUCUGGUUUGUCCAGGAGGAUGUGUUAGGGGACUGUGAGAGAACUCUACAAGGAGAUGUUUGAAGUAAGAGACUCAUCAGAUUAAUUCAGCAAAGUCUUUCUUAAAGAACAAAGUAAAUGUGAAACAACUAUUUUCCAAAGCAUUGUUAGAUUUAUUUUUUGUUUAUAUAUUCUAGGCUAACAAUUAAAAUCUGCAGAUAAAUUUUGUUUUAAGGCUGUGCCUCAACAGAAAAAGGCAUAAUCAUGUAGCUCCCAUUGCAGAAGAAUCCAAGCCCCCCCAUAGAAUCACUCAGGUUAGAUGGCAGCUCAGCAGGUAAAUUCAAACUGCUUUGCAAAGUGCAAACUACACCCAUUACACUCAGAGACUUACACUCAGAGAAACAGGUAUUGGACUUCCCUCUGUGAAAGAGGUAUUUUCCUGCAUCUGUCCUUUCUUCCUUAUCUCACAAUUAAUCUUUAUUUCCAGAUCACAGAAUACUCUGGGUUGGAAGGGACCCACAAAGAUCAUCAAGUUUAACCUUAAGUGAAUGGCCUAUAUGGGGAUUGAACUCAGGACCUGGCUGUUACUAGCACUCAGCCAAUCUCAGCAACACCUUUAGCGCAGUCCCCUGCUGUCAGCUCGACUGCUUCUGGGAUCAGACCAGGCAGCUCAGCAGUUGGGUCCUGAAAGCUCCCAAGGACGGCACCUGCACAAUCUCAUUGGGCAACCUUCUCCACUGCCUUGCCUUGUCGUCACUGGCAAGCUUUCUUCCAUAUAUGAACCUUAGCCUUCCCUUCUCCAGGCUGAGUAUGGCCAGUUCCCUAACACUUCUCUCACAAUCACAUGUGCCAGCCCCUGCCUGUCUUGGUGACUCUCCACUGGACCACGUCAGCUGAUCCAUAUUUUUUCAGAGAAAGGCUGCCACCUGCAUGAUGGAUGUGCUGACACCUGCAAUUUCCCCAAAUGGAGGGAGCCUCAACUUUUGUGACAAUGGCAAAUUGCUCAUGUUCUCCCAUAUGAGAGAGCAGAAAUACCCCAUACAAUGACUCUCAUCUGACAAGGGAGGUGAGGCUUUGGGCAGACAAUUUUCAGAUGUGUUGCAUGAAAAAGGUUGUCAUCCCCUGAAAAACCUACACCAGGACUAUUAAAACAGCCCAAAGUCUGCUCCUUGCCCAUGUCUGCAGGUUUUGAAUUCUGUGAGAUAUGAUUAAGACUGGAUCCAUCCAUACAGUACAAUAAAGGCUUUGAAAUAAGAGCCUUGCACUGCCAGCAAUGGAUUACAUUAAACUGAGAUAAAAUAUAAGAAAACUUCUGUCCAGAGAAGCUGUGUCUGCCCCAUAUCUGUGAGUGUCCAAGGCUAGGCUAGGUGGAGCUUUGAGCAACCUGGUCUAGUGGAAGGUGUCCUUGCCCAUGGCAGGGGGGAUGGAACUGGGUUGUCUUUAAGGGCCCUUCAAAU